CCCUAAUGAUGCAAAUAGCACUUGGAUCAUGGAAACCAAACGAUUUUUAUUUAUAAUUGUGCUUUUAGAGAUAUGUUAUUUAAAUUGUUGUAUUAAAUUAACGACGUCACAAAUCUUUCCAUUUAGUGAUGAUAAUGACGCAGUACGAUCUCGUAUUAUACCAAAAAUUGUUGGUGGAAUUCGUGCACAACGUGGACAAUUUCCAUUUCAAAUAAUGAUUUAUUUGUAUGGACAAAAACAUUGCGGUGGUGUUAUAUUAGAUGAAAGUAAUGUUUUAACUGCUGCGCAUUGCGUAAUGAGAUUUGGUUCUAAAGUUGACCCAACGUUUUUAAAAGUAAAAGCUGGAAAUAUUUACAUUUUAUCACCGAAAAUUCUAGAAUUUGAUGUUUUAUUAGUGAAAGUUCAUGCCGAUUUUAAUUCGUCAACUUACAAGAACGAUGUUUCAAUUUUAAAAUUAGCACAAUCAUUUCCCGAUUGGAAUAAUGAUUUACAACCAGUAAACCUAGCUACAAAUGUUGUGAAAGAAGGUACGGAAUGUACGGUAUCAGGUUGGGGAUCACGAUUAUUGUUUGCACCAGGAAUGCCAGAUUAUUUGUAUUACACGGAAGUUAAAAUUGAAAAUCACAAAAAAUGUCGAAAGUUAUAUAAGUUAUAUAAUAAAGUAACAUCAAAUAUGAUAUGUGCAACGUAUGAGGAUUCUCCAAGAGAUUCUUGUAGUGGUGAUUCAGGCGGUCCAUUAAUAUGUAGUAAAAAAUUGUCUGGUAUUGUUUCAUGGGGUAAAGGUUGUGCUCUACCUAAAUUUCCUGGUGUGUAUGUGAGUAUUCCUAUGUAUUUAGAAUGGAUUGAGCAAACGUUAAAAGAGAUUAAAAAUGAGAAUGGAACAGCAAGAAAACAUUUUGUAUCAAUGGCAGUUAUACCAACGAGCGCAAAAGAUAAUCAUCUUCAACCACGAAUUGUUGGUGGUUUACCUGCAAAACGGGGACAAUUUCCAUAUCAAGUAAUGAUCUACAAAGAUGGUAAAAAGCAUUGCGGUGGAUCAAUUUUGAAUGCAGAUCAUAUUAUUACAGCCGCACAUUGUGUAGUGAAAAAUGGUGAAAUUGUGCAUCCAUCAAGAUAUAUUGUGAAAGCGGGCGAUGUGAAUUUAUUAUCCUCUGAAAUUGAAUCAUUCCCAGUAUCGGAAAUAUUUGUGAAUAAACGUUUUAAACCAAAAACAUUCGAUAACGACAUUGCUGUGUUAAAACUUGGAUUACCAUUUCAUAUGGAACCUGGUGUCUAUGAGGCUGUUGUUCUUGAUAAAGAGACAGUACCAGAUGGAACAAUUUGUGUUGUGUCUGGAUGGGGUACUCAACGAUUAAAUACAACUGAAAUGCCGGAUCAAUUGUAUUAUGCAGAUGUGGAAGUGAUUAAUCGAAAAAUAUGUGAAGUUAAAUAUGAAAAUUUUAAUACGGUUAGCAGGAAUAUGGUUUGUGCUGGCUACGAAAAUGGUUCAAAAGAUGCGUGUGAAGGCGAUUCUGGUGGCCCUCUAAUGUGUGGAAAUAAGUUAGCUGGUGUUGUUUCCUGGGGUAUCGGUUGUGGUUUAGCUGAAUUUCCUGGUGUAUACACAAAUAUUGCUAAGCAAAGGGAUUGGAUUUUAUCAGUGAUUAUGCAGUAAUUAUUAGGGAUCGUGAA